CUCUGUCGGUGAGAUAUUUCGAGUGUAAAAUAUAGCAUCUAAACAGAUGAUCGAAAUAGAUUACUUAUAUACCUGUAAUUAGUGCGAUAUACUGCUGCUGAUUGCACGCAGUAUAUUCAUUGUUAUUUUAAAAACAGCAAAUUGGAUACGUACGUGUCCGUGUGCUGGAGAAACAACGACACAGUUGAGUGAAGAACUAUUCUUGACAUUUGGUGAUCUGUACAAGUUUUCGGUACUAAAAAAAGCUCUAGUCGUAACCAUUUCUAAAGGUCUUGUUGUUAAGCCGUGCUUCAAAUUGUUUAGAAAAACGAAAAUAAAAUAUAUCCCUCUGGAUGCAUUUUUAACAUAAACGAAGUAUUUAUCAGCACAUUAACAGUUCAUUAACAAUUAAGCGUGAAUGUAACCGGGUUUGCUAAAAGCGUUCUACAGAGAGAAAAAAUGGAUAUUAAAUCAGUGAUUAAAACAAGGACGGAUGAUACUUUCAAAGGUUUACAUAUAUCAUAUGAUAAUAUAGAGAAAAUGUCAGACAAACGAAUAAAACCGACAAUUCAGAGAUGUGCAACUACUGAUUCAGUCACUAUAGAGGGUCCGGAACUACCCAACUCCGAUGCUUACUUUGUGGGAAGAAUAAGAAAGUCGGUUUCCAUGGAUUCCGGAGAGGCAGAAGUUGUCAAGAAGUCUUUGACUGCAUCCACUGGAUCGUUAAUACGCCGUUCUGUUCGGAGACGAACUAGCAAACGUUUAGGUAAACCAGAACCGGAAUUCGGACAUGAUACGGUAACGUACGAGAAAAUUCAAGAACGGGUAUUACAAGAACGUGCAGUGACAAACGCUAUAGACGCUUUACAGGAACGCUGGAGAAUGUUAAUGUUUAUGUAUGACGACUGUGUUGAACUAAAUGAGAAAAGAAAAGAACGAAAAUUGAGAAAACUCUGUGUACGAAGACAAUUCGAACUACUAACAAUUGUAAUCGUGUUCUUGCUAAUAUGUUUACCGAUAAUACUGGUCUUAGUUCUAAUAACUAGAUAACUUACUAUACUGUAUACAACUGUAUAAAAGUCUUCUGCUUUUAUGCUUCUACUUAAAUUUUGCUGACUGUAUUUAUUUAGCAAUAUAUUUUUUUCAUUUUUUGCAAAUAUUGUUCUAGCAGAAUGAUGUUAAUGGAAAUAUGACUUGACGCAGAUACGUAGCCUCUUUAGUUCAAACUGUCUCUUAAAUAAAUUGUCAACCUGUU